AGCAUCAGUUGGCUUCCUCAUCUGCUACGUGAAGUUCCAUAGUUUUCAACCCCCAAGCAAGAAACUUCCAGCAAUGAAGAUCUUUGUGUGUCUCCUGGCUACCUUGGCUGCCACCGCAUCGGCUGGCUUCAUUGGCGGAUCCGGCGGUGGUGGCGGUGGUGGCCACCAGGAGGUGAAGACCAUCCAGGUGAUCCACCAGGAGGGUGGCGGCUACUCCGGCGGCGGUGGUCAUGGCGGUUACUCUGGUGGCCAUGGAGGCUACUCUGGCGGCGGCCAUCAGGAGAUUAAGACCAUCAAGGUCAUUCAGCAGGAAGGUGGCGGCUAUUCCGGCGGUCAUGGCGGUUACUCCGGUGGUCACGGUGGCUACUCUGGCGGUGGACACCAGGAGGUGAAGACCGUUAAGGUCAUCCAUGAGGAGGGACAUGCCCUGGGCGGCGGCGGUUAUGCCGGAGGCCUUGCCGGCCAUGGACACGGACAUGGUGGCCAUCAGGAGGUAAAAUUGGUCAAGGUCAUCCAUGAGGAGGGCGGUCAUGGCCACGGACACGGUGGUGGCUACUCCCACGGUGGUGGCUACUCCGGCGGUCAUCAGGAGGUUAAGACUGUGAAGGUCAUCCAUCAGGAGGUUGGCGGUCAUGGCGGUUACUCUGGCGGACAUGGUGGCUACUCUGGCGGCGGUCACCAGGAGGUCAAGACCGUUAAGGUCAUCCACGAGGAAGGACACGCUUUGGGCGGCGGCGGCGGCUAUGCCGGUGGCUACUCCGGCCAUGGACAUGGACAUGGCGGCCACGAGGAAGUGAAGGUGGUCAAGGUGAUCCAUGAGGAGGGCGGUCACAGCCACGAUCACGGUCAUUCGCACGGCGGAUUCGAAGAGGUCAAGACCAUCAAGGUCAUUCACGAGGACGGUGGCCAUGCCCACGGCCACGGACCCGCCCCCAUCAUCAGCAACGAAUACCUGCCGCCCAGCAAUGAGUAUCUGCCCCCCGUAUCCGCUCCCCAGCCCGGAUAUCUGCCCCCAUCCUCCAGCUGGAAGUGAUUCCAUGCCAUUCGAUUCGAGUCAUACUGAUCCUUGAGUCUUGUUAAGUAAUUUUAGGUCCCCUUUUUUUUCUCAUUUCCCAUGUUUUUUUUAUUGUUGUUCCCAUUUUACCUCACCCUUUAAACAAAUAUACCAUCUGUAAAUUAU